AUGCGGCUCAACUUCUUUUCUGUUGCCCCCAAGUACCUUCGAAUGCUGCGAGGUGGUGCUGCCUUUCUUCAUGCGCAAGAGGCCGUCCUGCAUGGAAGGCGUCUCAAUAUGUUGCACUGGCAGGGAGCUGCUGCUGCGGUGCCGCCUGGGGAAGAAGCAGAAGCGAGGAAACCUCCCGCGCUUCAUGAAGUGUGUUGCACGCGUAGCAGCGGCAACAACAAGGUGCUGCGCAUGCAGGGCCUUGUUGGGGCUGAAUUUGCUGCUGACUGCGAAGAAGUUCUUCCGAGAGCUCGGGAAGUACUGUGCCGGUGGCGGCAACAACAACAGCAACAGCAGCAGCAGCAACAACAGCAGCAACAGCAGCAGGGGGAGAAUUUCGCCAUCGGGGGAAGCGGAGUCGACGACCUUGGCGGGGAAGAGCAGUUCUAUGCACAAGCCUUGCAAGAUCUGCUGCAGCGAAGCGUAGCACUGUCGCGCGAAGAAGACGCAAGAGACAGGAGGCAGGCUGCAGCGGAGUUCAGUCUCAUUCCUCCCGCCGAAGACUAUGUUCCUAGGGGCUUUAUGCUGUGGCGCUGCAUGGGUAUAUCUGGACGCGGUAUUCUCUGGCAGCUGCUGCACAAGGAGUCCGUCGAUUUGGCACUGAUGAAAUAUCACGCGCUGUCUGCAGCCGCACUGGCGGUGCUUGGCGGCUCUGGUCAGCAGCGGCUUCAUGCAGCCGAGCAGCAGCAAGAAGAGCAGCAAGGGCUGCUGCUGCUGCGGGAGAGGGUGGCGGCUGCUCUGCUCCAUUUGCGGCAGCUUGCUGCUCCGUCGCAACGCUCGAUCAUCUUCGCAACGCAUGCGGAAAUCAAGGGCUUCCACCUCCUAGAGGUCACACCCUUUCUUGAAUCUGUUUCGCUGGAAGAGGUCCUCCGCUCAGGCGUAUCGUACAGCAACGCGGAGGGUUUACUGAGGGCGCAGCGCGUCGCUAGCCAGCUGGCUAGCCACAUCGUUUCAUUGGGGCCUAUUCGCUUCCUUCUGCCCAUCAAGCUCUCCAGAAUCUUCAUCGAAAGGGACAGGGUCCUCUUUGCUGUGGGGUUGCCCCUCUCCAUGCUGCUGCAGCCACCUGAAAACGCUGCUGCAGGGAGAGAGGAUACAUCCGUAGCGUCGCAUGCAGCACGAGCAGCCCAGGCCUUGCCGUACGAGUUUCUCUCUUCUUUGCGACUGCCGACUGCAGCCGACGAACUGUGGGCAGAGGAUUUAUGUUGCAACUUGCCACCGGAGUUCUCCGAUGGCGCUUGCUGCGUGGGUAAUGCAGAGGCCAUGAGUAAGGCUCACACCUGGAUGCUAGGGCUUGUGCUGCUUCAAAUUACAGCCAUGACUGACAGAUCUCGCAGGAGGAGCAAGCGGUGGCUUAAGGAAACGCAGCAGCAGCUGGAUGCAGCCAUUCAGCAGGUAGACGACCCUAAGACGCAGGAUUUUCUGCGUCUCUGUCUGCAGCGAGAUCCGGCAAAACGGCCCCCCCUUGAGGAAUUGGUGACUUCUCAUGCGUAUCUACGGCAGCAGAGUCAGCAGUGCACGAAGGCGCAGACCGACGAUGCCUGCCAGAGUUCUUUCUCUCCCCGCUGGAAGCCUCGUAGCUGCAGCCGCCGCAACACGAGCAGACGGCCAGCAAUCCAGGCCGUUUCAGAGGCUUUGACAGCAGCAGCGACAGCAACCGACGCAGACUCUGUUCUUGCUGCUGCGGCUGCAUCGCCGUCACCCUCCGCAACCCCGUCCAUCGGGGACCUCUCUCGCACGAAGAGCAUGCGAAGAAAGCGGACUUACUCGCCUCUAGGGAAGGGUGUCGAUGGCAGCCGCAGUGCGCAUGCGCCUACAAAGCCAACAUCAGGAGCAACAGGGAACGCAGGCCCCUGCCUGAGGACUCCCCGUCCGUCCCUGCUUCCGCCCACCACGCUGGGGUGUCGCUUGCCGCAGCAGCUGCAGCAGCACCCUGCGGCUGCGUCGGCAGCAGCAACGCGCCUCCUCGAUUGCUGCGACGCGUUGUUUGGGGAUGUGGGACUGUUAGUGCCAGUUUUAAUAAAGGAGAGGCAGAGGCGCAAGCAACAGGGGGAGGAGGGUGUGGCCUUCUACAGACAAAACGACCCACUUGCCCUCGAUUCGAUACCCCCACAUUCCGUCCCCCCCCCCUUGCAGCAGUCCCACAGUCCUACUGCCGCGGCUGCAGGCGCUGCUGCUGCUGCGUUGCAGCAGAAACAGCAGCACCUUGCACAGGCAACGGAGUGA